UCUAGGGUUCUUCCCGCGGGUGGAAAUGGCGACGAGCAGCAGCGCGGGGCCUCCCAGCAGCGGCUCUGGCGUGACCGCGCAGCAGCCGCAGGCGCAGUAUCUGGUGCUCGCGGUCGAGGCGACGGCGGCGCUAGGCCCGUCGUGGCCGCUGCUGCGAUCCGAGUAUCUCGACAAGAUCGCCAGAGCGUUCUAUGGUCAAGAUGGGAAUGUCCAGAAGGACAAUGGGGCUACUCUGGAGAUGGCGCUCGUGGUCUUUCGCGGCCAUGACUCCUACAGUGGCUGCCUGCUCCAGAGAAGUGGCUGGACGCCGAGCUUGGAGCUGUUCCAGCUAUGGCUAUCGUCCAUCGAUUUCUCGGGUGGUGGAUUUGGCGAAGUUGCUGUGGCGGAGGGAUUAGCGGAAGCUCUUGUGAUGUGCUGUCCCACGACUCAGCCGCCAAGUAACCAGGCAUGCCAGAGACAUUGUAUUUUGGUGGCAGCUUCAAAUCCUCACAGGCUUCAAACUCCCGUCCCUCAUCCGCCUCUAAGCACUGGCGCGGAUGCGAAGCCGGACCAUUGGUGGCUUGCGGAUGCUGAAGCCGUUGCAAGGGCAUUCUCUCAGUGCCAUAUAUCUCUUUCAGUUGUUUGUCCGCGGCAGUUACCAUCAUUAAAGAACCUGUACUCAGUGGCCAAGCAAAAUCCUCGAGCUUCUGACCCUUCGAACGAGAUUGCCAAGCACACGCAGCACCUUGUCUUAAUCUCCGAGAGCUUUUUGGAGGCCAGGAAUUGCUUGCGUCGUGUCACUCAGGCUCCUGCACUUGCUGCUGCUGUUAGUAUGCCACCAUCGCCUACAAGUGUAAAAGUUGAGCAGCAAGCUGCUGCUCCUUUGACGGUGCAGACUACACAACCAGUACCUGCAACUGCGGUGCCAUCUGUAUCCACCGGCACAGUGCCUACAACCUCUGGAAGGCAAUCACAGAUCAUGUCAAAUGGUAACAUACCCACGUCAACUGUAAAAAUUGAGCACGUCUCGACCUCUGGUCCGCUCUCAUAUGGCUCGCCGCCUAUGGCGAACACAAGUAUGGCGGCGGUUUCUCUUCCGAUACAAAGCUCGGGAGCCACGUCAGCUAUGAGUCAAGAAGUUCUUCGUCCCCCACUCGGCUCAGACUCAUCGACUGCUGUUCAGGACUUUAAGAGCAUCAACACUAAUACUUUGCAAUCGCAUCGUCCGGUUCCUGCUGCGAGCGUGCUGAAUCAAAUCAGGCAGGGAGCAGGCUCAGCAGCGGUAUCAAGCAUUCUCUCUGCUGGAUCUUUAGCAGUGGGACAAGCUGGUAUGGGGAUCACACAACCAGUUAGUCAGCCAGCCAGCCUGGCACACGGACUUAGUGGCGAUGCAGGUAGUGCAAGCCUGGGACCAGUACAAGGAAACGCAAAUACUAGCAGCAUUCUGCCGUCGAAUGCUCCUGCGGGGAUGAUGCAACCAGCUAGUAUGCCAAGUGGCUUACCUCCGGUGGCGAGCACGGUUGGAAUGGCCCAGAGUUUGCAAGCUGCAAAUCCUCUCGUGGUUGGCGGCCAGAGCGUCCAGGGUGCCGGACUUGGAAUGCCGCAUAGCUCGAUAGCAGCACCGAGCAACUCUGUUGGGAGCGCUCCGAAUGCUGGUGUGCUGCUUCCGAUGUCUCAGCCUGGUCAGAAUCCAGCAACUGGCAACGCUGGAGUAUCUCAUCUAGUCUCGAAUGGUGUUGCGACUACACCACCGCAGCAGCCUGCGAAUACAAAGUACACGAAGCUCUGGCAGGGGACAUUGGCAGGCCAGAGGCAUGGAAAGCCGGUUCCAAUCUGUAGCUUGGAGGGAUACCGGCAAAUCUCGUCUCCUGAAACGUUGGCUGCCGAUUGGCCGCUGACAAUGCAGAUAGUGCGUUUAAUUCCACAGGACUACAUGAGCAACAGGGAGUACCAAGGAAAGGCCGAGCUUCUAGUUUUCAGGCCACUAAACCAGCAUGGAUUCCUCCAGCAGCUCGCAGAUAAAAAACUGUGUGCUGUCAUUCAGCUCCCCUCGCAGACGUUGCUGCUUGCCAGCGCUGAUAAACCACAGCGAAUGAUUGGAAUGCUGUUUCCAGGGGAUACGGUGGUGUUCAAGCCACAGGGUCAAAAUCCACAGCCUGGUGCACCAAAUUUCUCGCACGGCGGAUUUCCGCCAACCGCGCAACAGAGCAAACCUCCGCAGAUGAUGCCGGGUGGAUCUCAAAUGCCCAUGGCCGGCUCUGGUGGCACACAAAUUCCAGGACAAAGUUACCUCCUCUAGAUUACAAGGUUUGGUUUGAUGGAGAAAAGUUCUCGAGUCGUCUUAUAAGGUGGCAUGUUAAGAGUCCCAUGCUUCAAGAACACUUUAUACUAGUCGAGUCACAAAAGAUGUCCACGCUUCUGUUAUGGUGGCGAUCACUAACUCCAUCUCGAUUGCCGCUA